AUGACGAUGCCCACGACGGUGUCGACGUGCACCGCGGUGACGGAGCAAGGCAAACAUGUCUUUGAGAUCUUUGAUUACAGCAAGCAUAGGGGUAUGGGCACCGGGGAGUUGAUCAGGUCAGGAACAUUCUCCGUCGGUGGAUUCGACUGGGCCAUCCGCUUCUACCCCGACGGGUUCGCCACGAUGAGCAGAGAUUACAUCUCGGUUUAUCUCGAGCUCUUGGGCAAGGACACCAGAGUGCGGGCCAGCUGCGACCUGAGCCUGGUCGACCAGACCACCGGGCUGCCGACUUCUGUGCACAAGACAGAUCUGAGGGUGUUCAAUUCCGGUGAUCUUAGCAGAUUUGCUCCACAGUGUGACUUGUUCAUGCGCCGGGGCGUGUUCGAAGCGUCGCCGUACCUUCGGGAUGAUCACCUCACCAUCCAAUGCAUUGCUACAGUAAGGAAAGGACCACAGGUAUCUGCACCUGUGUUACUGGAUGAAAUUGAGGUCUCGCCAUCCAACAUUGCGGAGCAUCUUUGGAACUUUCUGGAUGCAGGGGAGGGAGUAGAUGUCAGAUUCAGUGUUGGAGGAGAGACCUUUGCAGCACACAAGGUCGUGCUUGCGAUGAGGUCACCGGUUUUCAAAGCGGAGCUGUUUGGGCGAAUGAGGGAGGCGAAGGAACAGCUAGUGACCAUCGAAGAGAUGCAACCGGAAGUUUUUAGAACCCUGCUGCAUUUCAUCUAUACCGAUUCUUUACCUGACAUGGAUGGUUCGGAGGGAGAUGCCGAUAGAGAAAUGAUCCAGCAUUUGCUCGUGGCUGCUGAUAGAUAUGCUGUGGACAGGCUCAAAUUGGUAUGUCAAAGCAUUCUUCGUAAUAACCUUGAUGUCGAGACUGUAUCAGCUACAAUGGCAUUGGCAUAUCAGCAUAAUUGCGACAGGCUUAAAGAUGUUUGCCUAGAGUUUAUCACCAGUUCAUCAAGUGUGAUGGAUUCAGUGGUAGCAACACAAGGUUAUAAGAAUCUGAAGACAACCUGCCCUUCUGCACUAGUAGAUUUAUUUGAGAAGUCGAGGAAGUUACAUAAAGCAUAAGGAGCUCAUAUCUAGCUGUGCAUCAGUGUUAGUUCUUAAUUUAAAUUACACCAAAUAGUUUGAGAGAUUCUGCCAGAGAAGUUUGUUAUAAUUUUAACA